CAACGUACACAAGUCACGAGUUAUGGGUGUAGGUGGCCCAUUUCAUCGUUUGGCUCCCUGUCCUUCACCCAACAUCAGCCGCAUCUUCUCAUCCACGACUCGCUUGCUCGUGCAGUCUACCGUUGGGUGUUCGGUGACCACUCAUCCGCUUGCCCCGCUGCUCGUGAGCAAUACGCGUGUCAGUCACGAUUUGCCAGUCACAGCUGUCUUCAAGUCGGACAUCGAUCAUCGCAAAGCAGGGUCCGAAGCGCUUCGAUCUGCGCUUACCACUCCCGGACGCGCUAUUUUCACUCGUCCCAAACUCGAUCACCCGACAGCCUGGCUCUCAAGGGCGCGCCUACCUUCUUCUGGUGGUUAGGAUGGCACCCGACGCACGAGCGCUUCUGCGAGCACGAGCGGCGGCAGCAGCAGCUUCUGCGCAGAGCAGCUCCUCGGCCGCACCCUCUGGAUCCACCAACGUCCAUGCUGCCUCUGCUUCCGAGAAAUCUUCUGCCAGCAGCUCGGUGUCGGGCAUCUCGGAUCCUUACGCGGUGUAUGUAGGCAGAAAUCGCGCAUUGCGAUGCAAAGCUUGCGAUGCCAGUAUCAAGCACGAAGCGCUUUGGUCCUCUCACGCAUCCAGCAAGAGUCACAGAGGAAACGUGACGAGGGUGAAAGCUGAGCUAAGAGAGGCUGAAGAGCAGAGAGCGGCCAAUGAGGCUCGAAGUGAGCUUGUUCAUGAUGCGGCUGCUGGCAUAGAGACGGACAGGAAGCGAACAGCAGAGGAGUUGGAGCCCGAAUCUUCGCUUUUGGGAAUUGCAGGGAGGUCCGAUGCAUCAGAGAGCAAAAGGCAAAGAACAACACACAGCUCGCAUGACGAACAUCGUAUGGAGGAGGACGGCGAAUGGGCCAGAUUUCAGGCGGAAGUGCUCAAUGCUCCCUCCACCUCCGAAAGUGGAGUGGCGAAGUACGUCGACUCGACCAUCGAAGUAGCUCCUGUCCUUCGCAGCCAGAAUGGAUCCGUGCCCUCGCAGAGCGAGCAAGCGCAGCAGCCUGAAGAAAUUGAAGAGGCCGGUGCGGUGGAGACGGAGGACGAGAAAAGGGAAAGGCUGGACAAGGAGGCAAAAGAGGAGAUUUACGCAAGAAUGGAGGAGGAACAGAGGCUGCAGGAUGAAGCCGACGAGAGAGUGACAGCACUUCGCGCGCGCCUAGAUCGCUUGAAAGCUGUUCGGUCAGCGCGUCAAAAGCUGGCUGGCGAAUCAGCAGCACGAGGAAAGCCUAAUGGAAGCAGUCUCCUGUCCUCGAAGAGAGGCUCCUGAACCGCAAAAUUCGGCGUAGUCAGGCCCAGGUCACUCAGUCUUUUUGGAUUUACGCUUGUCGCUCAGCGAAUCAUCCAAAACGGUUUCUCGACAAUGUGAUUACGCCUUGUACUUGUAGCCUAAAGCGGCGAUGCCGGACGGUGUGGGAAUUACACAAAGAGAGGUGACGCCUGCGCAGAAGUAAGUCAGACAAUCUCAGUCAAGUACACGUCCGGAUACCUUUUCGCUUGGACGCUUCUGGACGUCUAGCGGUUCUGUAGACGCUCGGCUCAUUCAUUCGUGACUUUGCGACGUUUGGAAGGUUCCUGC